AAGGAGGACGCCCGACAGGCUCUCGCUCUCGCCGCUAUGACCUGCAGGAGGCGACUCUCACCGCAUCACUUGCGAAAACGGCAGUGAUGCAUGUGCCCGGCACACUUUACUUCUUGCUCCCAUCCCCUGCCAGCCUCGUCGUCCUCCCUGCCAUCCGCCGCUCUCUCGAGGCACUCGUGAUGCGAAUCAUGCAGUCCUUCACGGACAGCCAAGUGCGGGACGAGCACUACGACAAGAUAGGUGAUGCUGAUGCCGCUGAUGCUGAUGGCGUGUCGUUGCCGUGCUCCCAUCCUCUGCUAGGCAGCGAGUGUCACGUGGUGCUCAGCUUCCUGCCGACCGUUGAGGUCCUCCGCAUGGCGCCGACCUGCAGGGAUCUCUACUCCAAGUGCAGAGGGAGCGAAGCGGCGCCCUCGCAUACACACCUCACCAUGACGGUACGUGCACACGGGGGAGGCGUGGGCCACCUGGUGGUGUCUGAUUGCCUCUCUCUGCAUGCAGGAGCCGUGCUGGCGCAAGGCGGAUCUGUCGAGCCAGCUGCCGCUGAUCCGGUGUCUGCGGCACCUGCGAAGCGCCCGGCUGUCCACCACUGCAGUGCCGUGCCCUGAUGACCUGCGGCGUGUCACUGAGGCCAUCACACCCUCCCCAGCCGCCGCCGUUUCCCUCGAGCUCAUAUGCGACAAACGAUUCGCCUUCCGGUUCGUCACCGAGCCCGUCAGCCUGUCACCGUCAGUGCGGCGAUUGCGUCUGGUGCUGUACGGCUGCACUCAUACGCCUGGGAGGUUUUUGCCGGCGUUGCUGGAGAGCACCUACCCCUCUCUGGCUGAGAUUGACAUCCAGACGGAUAGCCUUUGCCUCACUGACAGCCUUGUGGAUGGACAUGUGGCGAGUGAAGAGCCCCUGUCGCCGUGUCGAAGGGACCAGUGGUUCGAUGUCCGAUGAGCCACUCGAUCAUACGGCUGAACUCGUGAGAGGCAGACAGAGAGGAGGGGUUCACUGACCAUUCAUCAGUGAGUUUGUUGCUGCUUUUGUGCCCGUGCCCCUGUGUGGUUUUUGAGAGAGAAGGGGAGAGGGGGGGUGAACGCAUCAAUCAAUGCCCUUUCUAAUUUAUGAGUAGGUUUGUUAGUGUUCGUGCCCACAUGGCCCGGCCCUUUAUGCAGGCAGUCAUCCGUUCGUGUGUGCGUGGCGACUUGGGUGUGAUGCUGCAGAGAGGUGUGUGUGUGUGUGUGU